GGAUUUUCGGGAUAAGAGUGAAAAUAAACUUUAUGCUAUUUUGCGGUUGAAAAUCUCGAAAUCGCACCUCAACGAUGACCCAAACCGAAACAAACCGUGCAGUGCACGUGAAGACGCGUUUACUUCGUGAUUACAGCAUCAAAGUGGUCGACGAAUGGCUCACCGGGUGUGUAUCGUUCUGCUUGCAGGAGAACUCGAAAACUACCAACGAUUCCCUGUUGAAGUUCACCUUCGAUCAGUGGAUUCUGGCCGAUCUGAAGGAGAUUGGUGUAUCAUGCCUGCCGGCGAUAGUGGACACGGAAACCAAGUGCUUUACGUUGAACGGGAACUUUCCUCUGCAGCUGAAUUAUCUGAUGGACAUUUCGGAACCAUGCUAUGAUCAGUUGAGGAAUUUGUAUAACAAAAAGUUAGACGAAGCAGACGACGAGAUUCAAAUGCGAAAGAAUCAAACUCAGAACGUGAAGAAACGAAGAAUGUUGAAGCUGGAAAUGACGGACGGAAAGCGAACGGUAAUCGGCAUGGAGCAUAGUCCGAUCGCGGCUUUGAAUACGAAGCUUCCACCGGGAGUAAAGGUUCUGCUUACUGGACCCAUUCGGUGCAUAAAUAAGGUGCUGUUUCUGGAACCGAAGAAUGUGAAAAUUCUGGGAGGGGAGGUGGACACGCUGCUCAUAACCAAUGCCUUUGAGAAUAUGCUACUGAAGGAACUGGGGCAGCCGUUGAAUCCCAGUCCCAAAACCGAGUACGAGGAGGUGGUGGUGUCAGAGAAAAACAACAGAAAUACUGGCUACAAUAAUAUACCGUCGGUUCCGAUGGUGUUUCCGUCUCCGGCGAAACCGAUGUCGAGUAGAUCGAGCAAUAAUCAGUACGACGAUUGGGAAGAUGAUAUGUUUUUGGGAAUCAAUCUGGACGGUAUUGAAUCCAAUGGCCAUUUGAACAGGAAUAAUAAGGAUAAACCACCGGAACAAGUUCCUACCGUCAGUACCUUGAUGGACGACGACGAUGACCUAGAGAUCAUCGAACUAUCGGAAGAAGAAAUUAUGAAUCAUCAGGUUUCCUCUACAAAAACAUCCCAACCGUCACCACCUCAGAGGCGUUCGAAACGUCCAACCUACCGAUUGCCCUCCUUUGAAGAACCAGACGAUGACAUCGAUGCCUUAAACUCCCUAGAGGAUGAAAUCCGUAACGAGCAGCAAAAUCGCCCUGGCCCGAUAAUAGAUUACGACGAACCGGAACUGAUUUCUUCCUCUCCAGUUGCACCGGUCCAGCAAGCCAAACGAGUAAGGAUCAAUGAGCCAGCUGGUAGAUCGUCAAAUGCUUCUAAUUUCGUGAACGAUGGCCAACAACCAUCCACCAGCAAAAACUUCGACAACUGCUCCCUCUCGGCACUGUUCGAAGACGACAGUCUGGACGACGUGUUCGAUGUGGAAGAAAAGCAACCGAGCUCUUCGGAGAAAGAUAAUGUCCUCUCGCCGCGGUAUCAGUUCCAGAUCGAAGGAUACAGCUUGGUGACGGUGGAUCAGAUCAGUAAGCUCAGUGACGGGGACCGGGAUGAGCGGACUUUUGUGGUGUUCGGUGAGGUUGAGGAAGUUUUCGAACGGAUUAGGAUUUCCGACGAUGGAUGGAAGCUGGGCGUCAUGGUGACGGACCGGUCGGAACGGGUUUUGCCGGUCCGCUUUCACACGGCUGUCAUCAGCAAAAUGGUUGGACACGAGGCUAGCGAAAUUCAGCAAAUGAAGCGCGCCAAGAAUCCCCAAGUGAUGAAAUUGCUUGAAGAGAUUUUAAUCAAAUUCAAAAAUCAACUGCAAGAUCUGCGAACGUUCAUGCGAGUUCGGUACCACCAAGGCAACGACUUCCCCACCAUAAUGGAACUAUACGAGUGCACUCGGUCUCGAUUGACCGUACUGACCAAUAAGAUCAACCAGGAAAAUCUCAAACACUUGCUCGAAAUUCUCCCUCAAGAUUGUGAUCCCAGACCAGGUAGGUGAUUGGGUAGUGUUCUUUCAGUUCUAAGAAAAUCAAACAGUAGGUUUCAUGU